AUGGCGGCGGUCGUGCCCUGUUUGUUGGCUGUGGUGUUGUGGUGUGUUCCCUCAUUAAGUCUCUGGACUCGGCUCUUCACCGAGUCAGCUCACCCCGUCAUUAACCUGUCAGGUCUGAUGAGUGUGUGGCUGCAGACUGAAGGCUCCUUCAGAGCGCGCUCAGAGCGAGCGGCUGGAGCUGAGGCCGCCGAGCAAACCGACGGUGGUCCGAGGCGUGAGACCCCAAACCACAGUUUCGACUCGAGCUCCCCCACCACCUCCACGUCUGACGGGAACCCACCUGCCCCAGUCAGCAGAGUCUAUACGCACGAGUAA